AUGAUUGUAGCCGGGCGUCGUGUCGAUCUGGACUUGGCCUUGAUGGUCUGGGGUUGGGGUUCGUGGUUAGGUGUCAACGGUAUCUUCGUGCAGUUGCCCCAGUUUGUUCAGAGGCUGCCAGAACAAUGGGCUCUGCCCUCCUCUAUUACGGUGGCAGUCCAAAUCGCAAACAGUGGUCUACUUAUCUACGCAUUCAUCAAGAGGUUUUUGCCAAGAAUAACAGAUGCUAUGUGUAUCUAUGGUUUACUGGCUAUAGGCACAACGGCGCUCUUCCUAAACGCUUUCCUCUACACGGAAACGGCGUACGUCGGCUCGACGGAAAGAUCAGUCGUUUUCAUCGUCUUAACAAUCUUCACGGCCAUGGUAGGGACCACAAGUUCCGUUGUCUUCUAUCCCUACAUGAGAAACUUCCGUGAAAUGUAUCUGUCCACGUACCUAGUCGGUGAGGGCCUCAGCGGCCUUCUUCCGUCCAUUCUCUCACUUAUCCAGGGUAUUGGAGGUCCCCCGGAAUGUGUGCUCUCACCAGACGGAAACUCAAUGCAGGCAAUAUUUCCCCCCGCAAGAUUUGAUCCCACAGUAUUCUUGUGCAUAGUUGGAUCACUGUGCAUUACAAGUUUCAUCAGCUUCUUCGUCCUCAAUAAUUACUCUGGUUUCGAUUCAGAGAAAAUAUCCGCCACAGAAAAGAAAGCACUAACCGAGGAAACAAAGGAAAUGCCAGACGAGACAGUAGUAAUGAGUUCAACCCCAAAAUCCAUGUUAGAUUCCCAUUGGUUAGGUCUGUUUAUCCUGAUGGCAGUUAUUAAUGCAUUCUUCAAUGGAUUAAUGCCUUCACUGCAAACGUACUCCUGUUUGCCAUACGGCCGACAAGCCUUCCACUUGGCAGUGACCCUCGGAACCAUAGCAAACCCUGUGGCUUGUCUAGCUGGUGUGUGGAUGAAGAUGGCGCAUGGUCGGUACAUCGCGGGAAUGCUGGUGAUUAGUGCCGGUCUUAUAGUCUACAUUACGGUCACUGCCGUCAUGUCUCCAACACCACCGCUGUACCAGGAGACAAGUGGAGCUGUUAUAAUUGUAAUUGUCUGGGUAGUGGCAAAUGGUCUCAUCUCUUACUCGCGUAUGUGGAUCUACAGUAAGGCGCGAGAAGGUGGUAUGAAGCCCAUGCGCGUGUUGGGAGCAAUCGGCCAGGUCGGCUCAGCGCUCGGUUCCUUUACGCUUUUCUGGGUGGUCAACUUCGGCAACUUCUUCCAGCAGGCUGAAGAUUGUCCUAUGCCAACAUUACUUCUUUCUUAA